AUGCCGCGGCCGGGGAAGAGUUCGUACAGCGACCAGAAGCCGCCCUACUCGUAUAUCUCGCUGACCGCCAUGGCCAUCCAACACUCGGCCGAGAAGAUGCUGCCGCUAAGCGACAUCUACAAGUUCAUCAUGGACAACACUCAGCGUUGGCAGAACAGCCUGCGCCACAACCUCUCCUUCAACGACUGUUUCAUCAAGAUCCCGCGGCGGCCGGACCAGCCCGGUAAGGGCAGCUUCUGGGCGUUGCAUCCCGACUGUGGCGACAUGUUCGAGAACGGCAGCUUCCUGCGGCGCCGUAAGCGCUUCAAGGUGUUGCGUGCGGACCACACUCACCUGCACGCAGGAAGCACCAAAGGCGCACCAGGCGCGGGGCCCGGAGGCCACCUGCAUCCGCAUCACCCGCACCACCCGCACCACCACCACCAUCACGCUGCAGUGCACCAUCACCAUCACCACCACCCGCCCCAGCCGCCGCCGCCCCCGCCCCCGCCGCACAUGGUGCAUUAUUUCCACCAGCAGCCACCUCCCGCUCCGCAGCCGCCACCGCACCUCCCGUCGCAGCCUCUGCAGCAGCAGUCCCAGCAGUCGCAGCCUCAGCAGCCGUCUCACCCCGGCAAGAUGCAAGAGGCGGCCGCGGUGGCGGCGGCGGCAGCGGCGGCGGCGGCGGCAGCGGUGGGCAGCGUGGGGCGCCUGUCGCAGUUCCCGCCAUAUGGGCUUGGCUCUGCCGCCGCAGCUGCCGCCGCCGCCGCCGCAUCCACGUCGGGCUUCAAGCACCCGUUCGCCAUCGAGAACAUCAUCGGUCGGGACUACAAGGGAGUGCUGCAGGCCGGCGGGCUGCCCUUGGCGUCGGUCAUGCACCACCUGGGUUAUCCUGUGCCAGGCCAGCUCGGUAACGUCGUCAGCUCCGUGUGGCCGCACGUCGGUGUCAUGGAUUCGGUGGCCGCGGCCGCCGCCGCCGCCGCCGCCGCUGGCGUGCCUGUGGGCCCGGAGUACGGGGCCUUCGGGGUGCCGGUCAAGGCCCUGUGCCACUCGGCGAGCCAGAGCUUGCCUGCGGUGCCUGUGCCCAUCAAGCCAACUCCAGCACUGCCGCCGGUGGCCGCGCUACCGCCGACGCUCACUGUCCCUGCGGCCCCGCAGCAGCCGCCGGCGCCACCCAGCGUGUGCCCGGCGGCUGCGGCCUCUCCCGCCGCCUCCCUGCUGGAGCCCACUGCCCCAAGUUCGGCUGAGAGCAAGGGUGGCUCCCUGCACUCUGUGCUGGUGCAUUCCUAG